AUGCAGCACGUAGCGUUCGAGUGUCCACCGCUGGGCCCGACGGCCACCGAGCACUGGAACGACGCCAGCGUCGAAGCGUGCGUCGAGACCAUCCAGGCAGUCGAAGCCGUCCGCGCGUACCCGGUCUACGGCGUCUACACGGACCCUACAUCCGGCGCAAGCAUGACGCUCCACGCGGGCCACGAGCCAGGCAACGCUGCGAACUACUCCAUGUGCGGCCACACACAGCUCCGCGCGUCGCUCGCCGAGGCCGCGGCGUGCUUUCAGCGCCUCAACACGCACGAAGCCGAGUCGUUUGUGUCGAUGCUCGGGCGCCCGAUUCUCGGCAGCACGACGCUGUAUACCCUCAUGGAGCCGAGCGAAGAGAGCCCGAUGCAGUACACGGGUAUCGAGUGGACGGCGUUCGAGGCGCCGCGGCUCGGCGACUUUACACCGGUGCGGGACCUUUGCUACCUCGAGAGCCAAAAUCAGUUUUUUCACCAAGGCGAGCAACGCCACGGGUGGGUCCGGUCGCUCCACUCGAUCGACGUCGAUGCGUGCCCGCCGUUCGCGCAGGACAUUUACCGUGCCGAGAUCUACCAGUCGGGCCAAGUGUUUGUGCAGUCGGCGACGCCCGGCGUCCUCGACUGCUACUCGCUCUGCUCGAUCGACCUCAAGUACACGCUCCCCGAGCGUGACCACAUGGCGUACCUCACAAAGUGGGUCACGCAGAUGCUCACGCUCCAUGCGCACAUUGCCACGCAGCGCGCGGCGUGUGCGCGCGCCGUGCACUCGGCCGUCACCGACGGAGCGCAUCGCUAUGUCUGCCCGACGUGCAAUGAGACGAUUGCGGGCUCGAAAGCCACGUGCCGCGAGUGCGACCGGCCGAUUUGCGAAUCGUGCCACCCGAAAUGGAGCCUCACCAGCAUGUGGCGGCGCCUCCAGAAGAGCCAAGUGUGUGUCGAGUGCUCCGAGGAGCUGCGCGGCGUGAGUCUCCUCGAGCGCAACACGACGUCCGAGUCGUGGGAGUGCACGACCCGGUCCACGCUCGGCAGCACCGAGACGACGCACAAGCGCCCGAGCAGUUUGAUCGCCAACUACGCACGGGACCUCGAGACGGUCUGGAUCGAUGUCUCGUCAGUUGACUCGUCGUCCGCCGCACAGACGCCGACUGGCGAUGACAUUCCGGUCGCCCGCGCCGCCAAGCCCCGCGACGAGGUCAAGUUGCACGAACUCCUCGACAGCUACCACGCCAAAAAGUUGAUGGAAGACCCGCGCGUGCAGAAGCUAUAUAAGGACCUUGUGGCCCUCGACAGGUCAUAG